AUGCCGGCCGGCGGCCACAAAGGAAAACAAAAGAAAAAGAGGAUGCUAUGCUGUAACUGGAACUUUAGCAGAGGAUCCUUAAUCAUCUUCAACCCUGCUCCUGCAUCAUUUCCCAUUCAAUCGAUCAUCAAUAGCAAGAAAAAUUCAAUAAAAUUAAUCUCAAAACAAGAAAUUAUACGCUCCUCGUAUUCUUCUUCGCCAGCGAAUUCCUCAACUAGAUCGAAAAUUGCAAUGGAAGCUGUCAUUAAACCCCCAAAACGUACAUUCGAAUUCCUUACAAAGAAGCCUUACGUGCCACCUUCAUGGGCAUCCCACCUCAAUCCUAUUCCCUCUCAUGUCUUUUCGCUUGGGCAUUUUCCGACUCCAAUUCACAAGUGGAACCUUCCUAAUUUGCCCAAGGGGACAGAGGUUUAUAUCAAGCGUGAUGAUCUUUCAGGAAUGCAAUUGAGUGGUAACAAGGUCAGGAAACUUGAAUUCUUGUUGGCAGAUGCCGUGGCACAGGGGGCAGAUUGCAUCAUAACUAUUGGAGGGAUACAAAGCAAUCACUGCCGGGCCACAGCCGUGGCAGCAAAAUAUUUGAACCUUGACUGUUAUCUUAUCCUACGUACUUCAAAGGUUCUUGUGGACAAAGAUCCUGGAUUAACUGGAAAUCUCUUGGUUGAGCGAUUGGUUGGAGCACAUAUUGACCUUGUUUCAAAGGAAGAAUAUGCAAAAGUUGGAAGUGUAGCUCUUACUGACAUAUUGAAAGCAAAAUUGUUAAAUGAAGGGAGAAAGCCGUACGUCAUUCCUGUAGGUGGGUCCAAUUCUUUAGGAACCUGGGGCUAUAUUGAAGCUAUUAGGGAGAUUGAAGAACAGCUUCAGGAUGCUAAAGAUGGAGUAGUAUUUGAUGACAUUGUUGUAGCAUGCGGCAGUGGGGGUACAAUUGCUGGUUUGUCUGUAGGAUCUUGGCUGAGUGAUCUGAAAGCUAAAGUUCAUGCCUACUGUGUCUGUGAUGACCCUGAGUACUUCUACGAGUAUGCCCAAGGCCUACUUGAUGGCCUUCAAGCAGGCGUUAGUUCACGUACUAUAGUUACCAUCCAAAAUGCCAAAGGUCUUGGAUAUGCAAUGAAUACAACUGAGGAGCUAAAAUUUGUCCAGGAAAUUGCUGAAGCUUCUGGUGUGGUUCUUGACCCAGUCUACAGUGGAAAAGCGGCUUAUGGGAUGAUUAGAGACAUGGCUGAGAAUCCAAAGAAUUGGGAAGGAAGAAGAAUCCUCUUCAUUCAUACCGGUGGUCUAUUGGGAUUGUUCGACAAAACUCAGGAGCUAGCCCCCUUGGUUAGCAACUGGCGUAAAAUGGAUGUACAUGAAUCCAUCCCGCGCAAGGAGGGCACUGGGAAAAUGUUCUGA